CAGGUGAAAGACCUGAACGAUAAGCUCCUGCGAACGCUCGCGGACAUGGAGAACCUGCGCGAGAGGACGCGUCGGCAGGCGGAGAACGCGGAGAAGUUCGCGAUCCAGGGUUUCUGCAAGGACCUUCUAGACGUCGCGGACAACCUCGGCAGGGCGGCGGCGACCGUGGACGCGGACGCCAUCGCCGCGGAGUCGGACGGGGAGAAGCUGAAGAAGAUGCUCACGUCCCUGCACGAAGGCGUGCUCAUGGUCGAGAAGCAGUUAGGAUCGACGUUCGGGAAGCACGGCGUCGAGAAGUACGACCCCACGGGAGAGGAUUUCGACCCGAACGCGCACAUGGCGUUGUUCAACGUACCGGACGCGGAGAAAACCGCGGGGACGAUCGCGUCGGUGACAAAGGCGGGGUACAAACUGCACGACCGGGUUAUACGACCCGCGGAGGUUGGCGUG